AUGGAAGAUUUGAGGUUGUUCUUGCUGCUUAAACAACUAGUGGAGCUGGAUUUAUUCUUGCACUUUUUCGCUAUUAUUGGCUUUACAGGAACGCAAAAGCUGGUACCAUGUCAUAGUACACUGUAUGCUGAGUCAAGGGUCGUUUCCUUCCACAGUUGCAAUUAUCUCCUAGUAGAGGGGAAAAUUACGCGCUGCACUGCCCCCGCGGCUUGUGGCUGUGCCACCUUUCUUUUGCAGCGAGUCAGCCUUGAGGAAGUCCUGCAUGAGCUAGUGCGAGAGGCGACUGACGACGCCGCGGAUAGUAUUCUUUUCCCAUUGCCUUGCCAGGAUUUUUGUUAUUAUUACUUUAUUUCAGAACUUACUGUGCAAGUAAGAGGCUCUAAAUCUCGGCAUGCGCUUGGCAAAGGGACGAGGCAGGGCGGGAAGCUCUCACCCUCGCCUUGCAGAGGUCCUUCGCAAACCUGCCUUAAUUACGUGGCUGCGGAAUACAUACAAACCAAGAGAGUAACUCAAUUGACGAUAAUGAGCGAUCAUCAGCCUCCUUGGCGCGAUCCUGCUGCUCCAAUUACGUCGCCGGCGGCACCAAUCCUUAACAAUCAUUUAGUGCCUCAAGGAUUCAACAACUUCUCUAGCACAUUCUCGGACCUAUCUGAUGCUUCGAACUCGUCCAGCUAUCCUUCUAACCCGGUUGACGUGGACUCCGGAUACUACGACUCAGGGAUUGAUGCAAAAUGGGAUAAAUGGUUGUAUGAAUGGUAUGUCAACUGUAAUCGCAGACAGCCCUCCAAGAACGAGCUCCUCUUCUUCCGCGGAUUGAUCGAGGCCCCCGAGGAUGCUAUCCAGGCCCGUUUUAUGCAGUUCGAUUUAAACGACAACUAUAGUCAAAUCUCAAGCCUCUCUGGGAAAAUCCAACAGGACAAACCAACCCACGUACUUUUAAAUAACAACAACAUCGUCCCUGAUCUCGGUGAUUUUCCGACAUUUGAUCCUCUCCAUGCUCCCACUGCACUCCCACUCGCUACAACCCACCAACUUGCCUUGGCGCCUUCCUCCGUUGCGCCGCAGUAUUCCUCCAUUGAUCUUCAUGAACCAGUUUCUUGGGCCACUGCCAUAGACCUCGAUACUGAACCUAAUACCUCUUCAAGCAACUAUUCCUCGAGGGUGGUCAACUCGAUUCCCGGCAACUCUACGGAACCGCACGUGGACAUUACGGAAAGUCUUCGCUCUCUUAUCCAACGCACAAUUGAUAACGCCAAGGAACAUGGAUGUAAGAGAAUCCGUACUCACGAGACGCAAUCCGGACUGUAUCAUUGCAUUGUCGGAUGCGGCCGAAGUUUCAAGAAUCCCUGCGAAUGGCGACGACAUUUGGAAUUGAUCUAUCCGCAAUCUUUCUGGUUUUGUACUAGAGACGGGUGCGGGAACCUUGACGAUGCGUCCAAGCGGUACCUGUUUACAAGGAAGGACAAAUUCCAGGAGCAUAUGCGCAAACAACAUACUGAUUCGCCCGCACGCUUGGCAAUUUUUAGCUCAAUGGUGCCUUACCCAGCCCCUUUCCCUGGGGACUGUGGCUUCUGCGAUCGAAAUAGGUUCCAUGCUCGAAACUGGGCCCACCGGUGUGCCCAUAUUGAGAAGGUCCAUUUCAAAAAAGGGGUUACGAUGAGUUCGUGGCGUGACUGGCCCGAGGAUGAUGUUGAAGAUGACGACCCUGAAGAUGAAGAGCUUAGCGAUACAAAUUCGGACGAUGGUGAUGAUGACGACAACGACAGCGAUAGCCGCACUGAUGGGGGGUCGGACACAGACUUAGCUGCUAAACCUGAUACUCAAAGGGAUCCUCCUUCGUUCCAGCCUCCCACUGAGGGAGAUGAUUUGUUUAACGACUUCCAUAGCGGUCUGGGCGACUUUUUCGGGGCGGGGAUCUCGAAUAUGAAGAAGGCCGCUAUACGGAAUACUAUACGGGAUAAUAUUGUGACCUGUCCUGAAAUACCAGAAGAAAGAGAGCGCGACUGCUCGUCAGAUAAACGUGGAUCUGGAGACGAAACUCUAACGCAGUUCUUAUUCCCCGAAGAAACCGUGUUGCAAUAUCCCGAGUGCCAACAUCUCAAGAGCCAAUAUCCUAAGGAUCACAUCUCAAAUAGAUCCACCUAUGCGCCGCAAGGUUGGCCUCCGUCCCUGUUCCAAGCUAUCCAUCCACAACCACUUCCUCUUCAAUGUCCAUUUCCUAAGUGCGGAACGAUCUUCUUGCGCUCAGCCGACCUACGAAGACAUUACCAGAAGCAUGUAAAGCAAACCACAAACACCCCUUGCAAGUACUGCUGCAGAAUUUGUGGGAUUAAAAUCCUACAGAAUAUAUAUCAUCCAGGGGAGGAUCAGUCGAGCGGAGGAUUAAUAUUCACAGAGCCGUGCCCCUUUGGAACAUGCCCGGAACACCGCCACGCUGGAACUCUUCGGAAGGAUCAAGCAUUUUCGAAGAUCUCUCGAGUACAUCUACAGAAUGCGCGGAAAGAGAGAAUAAACACAAAAGGUGGCACAGCAUCCGUUUUCAAACUUGUCCCAUUCCCAUCGUCAAAAUCGCAGCCUGAGAUCUUUGUGCUUAAGACAUAUCAUGACCGGCACCGAGCUAUGUAUGAGCAGGAAUGCGAGGCCUUUUCCAGAUUAAGAGGGCAAGAUGGCAUUAUUAAGUGCUUUGGUUCGUUCACGCAAGCAGAUCCCACGGGAGUCUUGUCCCACAAUCUCAUCCUGGAGCACGCAGAAUGCGAUCUCGCGGAGUAUUUCAGGCUCAAAUCCCCUCCAGUUAAAACAGAAGACAUUGCAAUUCUUUGGGACAACCUGUUCGCGAUUGCAGAUGCCCUAAAUAGGAUCCACAAUCUCACGGCCAACAAUUGCACUGGAUCAUCAUUGAACGGGUGGCACGCAGACAUCAAGCCAGACAACAUCCUCCGUGUCCGUGGACGAUUUAAACUUGCCGAUUUUGGUUUCUCCAUGUUCACUAGAACAUCUACAACUAUUGACGGAGUCGCUAAACAGAUUAUGAAAGGGGGUACUCCUACCUACGGUGCUCCAGAACUCAUAAGUGUCGACGGCAAAGGCAAACGAACUCCCGUUUCUCAAGCCAUCGACAUAUGGUCACUGGGCUGCGUCUUCUCCGAAGCAGCAGUGUGGACAGUGCUCGGUCCUAAAGGUCUGGUGGAGUAUGAGAAGCUGCGUCUUCGCGACCUGCCAAAAAGAGAGCGACCAUUUCCUCUCUUCCACAAUGGUUCCGAUAUUCUACCUGCAGUGCGAAAAAUGCAUGCAAACCUGAGGCACCACGUUCGGUUCUCGCACUUGGGGAACUCUGUUCUGGAUCUGAUUGACGAUAUGUUACAAGGCAAAGCUGGUUUGCGGCCAACAGCAAGUAAAGUCUACGAACGAACCCAGCGAACUUUUCGUGGAUCAGACCUAAAUAUGAGGGCAUUGUGCUCACUCGGCAAAUUUCGGCCUCCUGGAAGUCUUCUGACAGAGACUGAGAACUGGAAGCAGGAGGACUCUCAACUCGGCACCCGGCCUGGUGUUCCCGUAGACUUUGGAACUACUUCUCUAGUCACAAAUGUGGCGUACACUAUUCCCACCUCCGCCAUUACCAUGCUCACUUCCGCUUGUUCGUCCUUUCCUAGCCAGAGUAGGCCGUCACAGUUGGAUAUUCCCCUAGAUGCAAUCGCCUUUGAUAGAGGUACAGCUCAAGAGCCGACAGGAUGCCUAGGGAUUGGAUGUUUUCGGGAGGAUUAUUUUCCCGCAUGGACUCCGUAUCCCUCGAUUGGGUGGACCAGCGAGGGAGAUGAUUCGUCGAAAGACGUUGCUCUUAUCGCUAAAGCUCCCUACUCUCGACCCAAGUACGAAGGGGUCAAAUGCCCGCACUGCGACGAGAAGGGCUUCCGUGGCACCCACGAGCUCGACAGACACAUGGAACGAGUGCAUGCUCCUAGACGUGAUAGCAAGAUCUUCGCUUCUCUCCUUCAAUCUGCCAGAGGGAUUUCCAAAGCCGAGCAAGAGGGGCUCGUUCUGUCUUGUCAAUAUCGGCCUUUGUUUGCUACCCUAAUAUAUGAGAGAGCCUACAGGACAAAGCCUCACUUUUGGGCCUGUAUCAGGAUAUCCGACCGUGAAGAUUCUGCUUUCCAGGCUUUCGCUCGACUUUCCCUGGCCAAUGGUAGUGAUCGACUCCUCGAGCGUCUCAUCUGCAUGAUGCCCAAGUCUCCAAGCCAACCUUGGCAUUCCAUAGACGAUGCUUACUCCGCUAAGCUCUGGUCUCUCUUAGCCGUUUUUCUCUGGUUAUGGAUGCUGCUCUCGUUCCGGUGGACACCCCUUCGGUUCCUUUUCCAACAUGAACUUCCUUUAGGCAUUUUAAGGGAACCUUCCGGCUUGACAGGAAUAGGGACGCGUUCAGCAUACUACCUAGGUUUCGAAGAGUCUCUACUCUUUGCCUCUACUGGAUUCCUCGUUCCCUUAAUUUGCUCGAUAUCAACAUUCUUAGCGUUCUCCAUACUGAUUCUCUUGUUUCUACGAUUCUCAAUGCCCCGGUUUCUAGGCAUCGUUGAACAUAUAGUCGCCCAGUUUAAGGUCACGGUCUUUAUCAUAGGACUAGGAUGUGUCUCUCUAUGUACAGAACCGUCCGUUUCUUUCGACGGAAUGUUCUCUUCCACCUCAUACGUGGACUCGGCGGAGAAGAAGUCUGACAAGUAUAUUACUGAGCCGGCGAGGACGAAGGGCGCUCAUAUCAGCUGUAAUUGUCACGCUUGUGCGGCAUUUAUCACGAUCCACUCCUUUCUUCUUUGGCGAAUCAACUAUUAUUUCAAGUUGGCGGAGUCUUUCAAUAGACAUCCUGCAUCCCGGAUCCUAAUGCACAUUUUAUUCAUCUCUUUCUUCGUGUCUUGGUCUACGAGUUUUCAAUGGGGCGAUUGGAGACUACUCAACUCUUUUAUGGUAACGAGCUUCGCGGCCACGUGUUUCCAAGUUGCUGGUCUUUUCUCUUUGCUUUUACUUUCGGCCUGCUUUUUUUCACUUGCCACCCAACGGCAUAUGAUUUGCGAUCAGUCAUGUGAUGGAAAUUUCGUAGAAAUGACAAUUCCUUUGCAAGUUCAAUUGUUCCCGGAUGCCGUCCUUGCGUCUGCCCCUGUAAUCCAGUAUCCGAUAGAAAAUAUCAAGUGA